GGCUCUGGAUCUAGGCGUGAUUCCGGGGAGUUUGUAUUUAAACCUAGCACGAUCUUGCUCUUCCUGUGAGACGCGACAGACACCCCCUUUCACUCCGCCGCCCAUUACGAUGGUGCUGCCCGUUGUGUCUACCGAGUUCCCCAUUGCGAGUUUGCAAGAAGCUUUGGCUGCCUCUAUCUCCACCGGCUCCUUCAUCGAUACCGCAUACUACCUGUUCUCACGCCGGACUGCUGAAGGCAGGGUAGGUCAUCCGCUCGCCGUAUAUGCCAGCAGUCGGGUCCUGAAAGCCGCCGCCGAUCAUUUCGAUGCUCAACUAAGUGGUGGUUUUUCCACGGACGACGAGAUUCCUGUUGCAACUGCCGAUUAUGGGUACGAGUCUGACAGCGACCUGGACGAAGGCGAAAUCGUCGAGCACGACUUUGAAGAGGUGGCGAGCGGGUCGAAAGGAAAGGGCAAAGCCUUCCAGAUAGACGAGGCAAAUUUUGAUCUGACUGCUUUGAGCCUUCGUGAAGAAGCUGUACGCAGAGGCGUCAAAAAUUCCUUAUUCAUCCCAGACGUCGCAGCGGUGACCUGGCACGCUCUGGUAUUUUUCAUCUACACGGGGAAGAUAUACUUUGCUCCUCUGCGAUCUAAUGGUCUACAAGCACAUCGCUUAGCCUGUGGGGAGCACAACAGCGCGCAUCCCGACUUCCCUUCACUCUGCUCACCCAAGUCGAUGUACAGAUUGGCAGACAUGGUCGGGCUGCCCAUACUCAAGGCAUUUGCUGAGCAAGAGAUUCAUAGGCAGCUCUCGCUGGAAUGCGUCACUAGCGAGCUGUUCUCGCACUUCUCUGCAACAUAUCCUGACAUACUGACGGCGCAGCUCCAAUUCGUAUACGACAGCGGAAGGAUGGCACAGAUCAUGCAGAAGAUCCAACGGCACGUUGCUUCCGUUGUGAGCGGCCAGAUGCCCCACGCGGAGACUGUGCUGUCAGCACUCCUAUCUACACUGUCCGAACUCUUACUGUCCAACCCUGGGCAUCCUGCUCCACCAGUCGUAAAUUUCGGCAGUAUCACCGACCUAUCUCGAGUACGUAAUAUUGCUUGCAAAUAAGAAAAGAAUUCUUGAG